AUGUCGUCGCCCACAGCCGCUUCUGCCAUUGCGCCUCGCGCAGCCGGCCAAGAGUCACGGCUGUCAAUCGCAGGAACCGCAGCGGCAGAGGCAACAGAGAGGAUGCGACGGGGGCUGCGGGUGGACGAGGCAGAAACCGAGGCAGAGGUGGGAGAGGAAGAAGAAGAAGAAGUAGACGAGGCGGGCUGGAAAGAAAAAAGCACGGGCACAGGCACAGCAGGGCCGCCGCUGCCGUGGUCCCCCAGCGCAAAUCACGGCGGCAGCAGCAGCUAUUCCAAUAAUGCUUCUUCUUCUUCUUCAGCUGCUGCUGCUGCUGCUCCUGUUUCUCUUAAUAGAAGCAGCAAUAAUAAGCAUGACACCUCCAGAGGCAUCAUUUCCGCGCCCCUGCCCCAGAGCCCCGACGACGCACGCGCCACGCCCGGCCGACACGAGCGCCCCUCAAAUUAUGGCCGGGAUUCGGAUAUUGCCAGCGCUGCAAUUAGCACCACCGUCUGGUCCCCUGCAUCUGCAUCGUCGUCCUCACAGCCAGGCCUGCUGCGCCGCUCGCCUGCCGAAGAUCCUCCAUUGCAUACGGGCAGCGUGCAGCCGGGCACCAAGCUGGCCCAUCCAAAGCCCAUCCUGCACAUUGCAACCGACGCCGAGGCCAGAAACCACCACCACUCGGAUCUGCUCACGCGAUCUGCGUCCACCAUCAGCAACGUCGCCCAUCUCGAGGCCACCGCCGAGCGCCUGUCCAUGACCAGCUCCAUCGACGAUGCCAUCCGCGAACUGCACGGCGAACUGAAACGAAGCGACAGCAGACGAUCGUCCAUCCUCGCCGCCCGCGCAGCCUCUGCCGACGAGCACUCGGCCUCCUCACGCCUGCGCCGAUACCCGUCCAACGCAUCCUCAUCCGCCGCCGCCGCCGCCCGCCAAAAGGGCUACUCUCCCGCUGCGUAUGUCAUGUCGCCCACAAACUCCCUCACCGGCCGCAUGCGCUCCGGUUCCAACGCCUCGACAGGCCGGCCGGAGCACGACGCCAUCAACUCCAUUCUGUCCCGCCACGGCCCGGGCAAGAGCUCCGUCCGAAGCGUGCGCUCGGCCAAGCCCUCGCUGGCUGAGAUCUCCGAGUCGGAGCCCAUUUCCCUGACCCAACAAGUCCUCGACGAGGCCGAGCACGCCACUGAUGCCGAUGCCGAUACUGAUGCUGAAGCUAGCGCCAGGAGAAUGAUUGAACAAGACGCCGUUGGCGGUCCGCACAUGGACGACUUCCAAGAGAUGCUGGAAGGAGGCUUCCGGAGCCACAGGGCUUCGAAUCUCGUCUUGGUCAACCCAGACCUGCCCCCCGAUCACUACGACGAAGCCGACAGGCCCAUGACGGCCAACUCCACAAAUACUUUCCAGGUGGCCCAGGAGGCCUUUGACGACUUUGACGGCGCUCACUGCGAGACGGAUACGGAAGAUGAGCGUUUCGCUACGGCCGACAUGGGGUCACGCUUGCAGAAGCGAGAGAAGCUGCCGGAUAUGCCGCUUCAUCAACAACAAUUGCAACAGCAGGAGCAAUACCAGCUCCAGCAGCAGUACCAGGCACCUCCACCAGGCCAGCUGCCCCCUCAUCCUCCUGUCGCCCAGGAAGACACUUCCCAACUACGCACCCCUCAGCAACGGUCUUCCGGAGAGUUCGUGAGACCGCAAUCCUACUUUGACCCCCAAUCCGGCCAGCAGAUGCUGUACUACCCAGCUCGUGUUCCGGCCAUGCUUAACCUACCCCCUAAGCUAUCCAACAAGCCCAAGGCUGCUGAUCGAAACCAGCGACGCUCGCAGCUCCUGAGUGCCAUGAUGCAGCCCAAGGAGAAUAAGAGAAAGUCCAUCGUCCCCGACUUGGAGCAGAUUGCUCUGCCCGACCCUCUGAGUGGGCACCGCAACUCCUUUGCAGCCCUCUCGGUGGCAGACAAGCUGGUCGACGGUGAUGACGACACUGCCACUACUCCUACGCCAUAUUUCGUAGAGGGACCCGUCCCUCAGUCUAGGGAUGUAUCUGCACCACCCUCUCUAGAGGACCUUCGCCGUCCUCAGCGGCUAUCUAAGAAUGAUGCCGACAAGCGCAAGUCAAACAUGGACAAACUGGGCACCCUUCCCCCGCAUCUCCGAGCGAGCGUGUUUUUCGAGCAGCCCUCUGAGAUCCCCGAGAUUGAGGUCAAGGACGGAUCGGCCAUGGCUACCCUCGAUAGCAUCCUCGACGCCUCAGCGACCGCUCCCGUCAGUGCCUUUACCGACCAUUUGUAUGCCGGCAAGCUGGGCAAUGAGGUAUAUGGUCAGGAGAAGAAGAAAGAAAACAAGAAGAAGGCGGCGGCGGCGGCGGCGAAGCACAAGUCACAACAACUUUCUACAAACACUCUUGGUGACGCGUCAUCCAAGGGGUCAACCAUUAGGUUGCUCACUAAACGAAGCAAGAGCAGCUUGCUUGGAAUAGAGGCCAACGAAUCUGAAGCUGGCCCUAGUGGAGCUCACGACGACGGCCACGAUGGAGCUGACGAAGAAGACGAAGAAGAAGCAAGAAGAGAAGAGGAGGAACCUGAAGAAGGCAUCUUUGAUGGGAUGCCCACCACACUUCUUGGCGAGAUUCAUCUUCGAAAGCAACGACAAAAGGAGCGAGUGCUCAACCAGGGCAACAUGGUGCCCCAACGAAUGCGCGCCACUCUCCUGGAGAUGGAUGCUGUCGCCGAGAUGCAGCGGAAGCAGCGCCUCAAGGGCCGCGUGAACCUUGCCUGGGAGGACCAAAAUGUCCCUGCAGAGCAGCACCUAUCGGAUGACGAAGACGUGCCCCUGGCUGUCAUUGCCGCAAUGCACGACGGUGCCAAGAAUGUGCUCGAUCUCGAACGUCCUAUUGGACUGAUGGAGGCUCGCGAGAUGGAGGAAAACGAACCCCUGAGCCAGCGCGCCGCUCGUCUGCAGGGCCGAGCCUCUGCUGCCUUUACCGCUGCCAAGCGCCAGAGCAACCUGAGUUUGGGCCCUACGCGCAUGGCAGAGGUACAGCCUGCAGCUGGUUCGCCUCGCAUCAUUACGCCAGACGGAGCUGUUGAUGACGAUGCGCGCACCACCAUCACUGCAACAGCUGCAUCUGCAUCUGCAGAGCCGCUUGCAGAGGAGAUUGAGGAAGAGACUCUUGGAGCCAGAAAGCGACGCCUGGCAGAAUCGACACUGCCCAGGGCUCGCCCCGUCAGCAACGCGUUUUCCGCGGAGCUCCUGAGCCAGUUUGGCGAUCUCGAAGAACCCAAGGACAAGGAAGGAGACAAAUCGCCCAACCCAGAGGACGAGACCCUGGGCCAGCGCCGCCGCCGACUGCAGGCUGAACGCGAGGCUCGCGCAAGGGAGAUGAGCUACGGCAACCUGACGGGCGAGCGACUGGCGGCUUAUGGUAACCUGACAGGUGAACAGGCCAAUAGGCUUUCUCGCCGUGUGAGCAUGGCCGAUAUGCUUUCCGUGCACCAGCUAGCCGAAGAUCCUCGCAUUGCGGACCAACGACGCCAACAAGAAGAGCAGAUGAGAAUCGCCGAACAGAACGCCAGGAUGGCUGCCAUGAGGGCUCAGAUGCCCACUGCCCUGGCACUCCCGGGCAACGCUCGCGCGGGAGGCUUCAAGGGAGGAUUGUACAAUGACGGAACGGGCGGUCUCGGCAUCGAGGCGGCGUCCAGAUCGACGGUUGCUCUCAAUACGCUGCACAGCCGGAGCUUCACCAACACCGGUCCUAGAAAUCAUCGGGCUACCAUGAUGAUGCCACCUCAAACUGCCUAUGGCAUGCAGCAGUCGUACAGCACGCUGACUGGCUUUCACGGGGCUGGCAUGAACCAGAUGGCUAAUAAUCCGAUGUAUAGCAACGCUCGCAAUUUAUACAACUCCAACGGGGUUAUUCAGCUGGGCACGGGGAUGGCUCUGCCGAAUGGCAGCUUGGACCGAGUUGAGAGGUGGCGACAGGGUGUUUUCCCUUAG